CCGGCCCAUCGACGUGCUUUUAGUAUGCUGCGCGCAUGCGACACGCCCGCACUCUUCUGUGUCCCUAGUACAAAACGCUCGUAAACAUCCCAAUAAAUUUAAGCCGUGCUUGCUUGCUAUGUUAUAAAUAAAAUGGUCGCGAUAUUAGCGAACCCGAAAUGGAGCGAAGACCUCACCAUCCAGAUGAUCAUCGAAUACGAGAAACGGGAAUAUCUCUGGAACCCCGUCUCGGAGCACUACAAGAACAAGAAAGUACGCGAACAGGGAUACGUUGAAAUAAUUAACACGUUGAAUCUAGUGGACGUUACAGUAAAGGAGUUGAAAAAUAAGAUAAAAAAUAUACGUUCAUCGUACAGUGUCGAGUUGAAGAAGAUCCGCGCCGCAAGGAAGGCCGGCGCGCAUGCGUACCGUCCCAGCGUCACGUGGUUCGAACACGCCGACAGGUUUCUGAGGGCGAUCGUCACUCCGAGCUCCGUUGACAACAGCUUGUUGGAAAUCGCGAUGAGCGACGACAGCGACGCGGUGCAAGAUCUGAGCGAGCGAAAGUCACCAGAAAAGAAAAGCCCGCGUAAACGCCGCAACUCAACACGGUCCUCCACACCUUAUGUCCUCAAUACGCCGUCGCCGCGUCCCAGUACUCCGUUCGGUCUCAAUCAAUCUUCCCCAUUUGGAAUCCUACCUACAUCGACGACUGCCCCGUUUCUGAACCCACCUGUUGGCAUAGCAACCCCGCUAACAACUUCACUCGCUACAAUAUACCCGCUGCCCUCGAAACAAAAAAAGAACUACGACGACCGGAGCGAUUCUGAGCCGCAAGACCUCAGUCAACAUUCCGAAAAUGGGAAUGAGAAUGAAUUUGAAAUGUUUGGAAAACUGAUUGCAAGUCAGUUGCGAAAGCUGCCGCUGAGCCUCGCAUUGGAUACGCAAUUAAAAAUUCAGACCCUCGUGAAUGCGGCUCGCAUACAAGCUGUAUACCAACAAUAUAGCUACGCUGGCCCGUCGCAAGAGGCAUUAUCCGUGCAGGCUCUCUCGAACGGUAUCCUGUCUAGCAUGUCCCAAAACUCAUUCGCAGCUCGUUCUGUAAUUGGCAUGCGAAAUGAGUCCCCGGAGGACAUGCAGCGGGAUUUAAAAGUCGAUUAUACCGUGGGCUCAGAACCUGAAGACUAAAUUGACACAUCCAAAUACCGAGCAUUUACAAAAUGUUUUUUGAACGGCUCAAUGUAAACAUAAAUCAUUAUUUAUGUGUGUUUGGCAAUGUUGCCAAUAUCGUUUACAGUACGAGUCAAAUUGUCUCGUAUGCUGUAUAUCAGGGAUAUACAAUUACGUCUGUCCCUGAUACAGAUAAAAAAUAUCAUCUAUGUAACGUCAAAUUUGGAUUUGACGUUUGACGAGGGAAUCGAAUUUUUUUAUAAAUGGAUGUAACUCAAUGAAAAUCUACCUCUGAGUAUAAUAUAUUCAAGCUCAUAAUACAUAUUAAAUAUGUGUUUUAGAUGUUUUAUAUAUGUGAUAGGUUUAGUCAGUAAUAGUCGGAAGAAUGCCAAAGUACAAAAAUUUAUAAUCUGCCAAUAGAAAAUAAACAAAGUAUACAAUUUGAAUUAAUUCUAGAAUUAAGGUUUGAUGUUAGAUCUCGAUGUAUGGCUGUGUUUUGUUUUUUUCUUAUACAUAAUCAUAGAACUAUAGUUUUUGUAUUAUAUUUUUUUUAACUUUUUUAUUUACAAAUUUAUUACGUUCGUUCAAUAAUUAUAAACUUAAACGAGCUUAUUUUUAAAUCAAG